AUGCAGUGGACCAGCUCCGACAAGCUCUGCAGAGUGCGCAGCGACAAGUUGGAUGUAGAGACCCUUGGGCGGCGGGCCCGGGCGCAGCACCUUGCCCUCGGGCGGAUCCCCGCCGCCUCGGCAUCGUUCGGGCGUGAGCAUCGGCGUGCGAGCGACGGCAAGGUCGUGGGUCUCGGAGCAGAGGGGAAGUCGGUGUGCCUCGGCUUCGCUGUCGGCGAGUCCGGCAUCGGCAGCCUGCGGCACUGGCAGGCCUUCAGUUCCGAGAUGCUCUCGGCGAAGCAGGCGAAAGACUUGCUCGCUGGCCAGGUGUCGGAGCAGAUCGAAAAUCUGAUGACCUUCUCGGCCGCCUUGGCGUCUCAGCAGUACUUCACGGCCGUGCGGCGCGCGCUGGUCGACGAGUGGCCGCAGGCGCGGGGCUGCGCCGUGUGCGGCGAGGAGGACCUGCCGAGCAGGUCGCUCAUCGUCACGCCUUGCGGCCACUGCUUCUGCGCCCGCUGCCUCGCGGCGCCUGGGCCGCUGCGGCAGUCCUGCAAGGCCUGCGGCCAGCCCCUGAAGGAGGGCGACCUGGAGCCCCUGGCGCGGAGCCUGACGCAGGCCAAGGACCCCGAGCAGUUUCAGGGCAGCGGCGCCGCGGGGGACGAGGUCGAGGUGAGCGAGGGCAGCGCGGCGGAGCGCUCUGACGGCGGGCGCUUCCUGAAGCGGUUCGGCACCAAGCUCGCGGUGCUGGUGGAGAGGCUGCAGGGGCUGCGCACCGCGGACCCCACGGCCAAGUGCAUCCUCUUCGUGCAGUUCGACGACUUGAAGAUGCAGGUGGGCGCCGCUCUGCGCGAGGGGGGCAUCCCAACCGCGCAGCUCAAGGGCUCCGUGAGCCAGCGGGCCGCCAUCAUCCGCGACUACCAGGAGACAACCCCGAGUCGAAGAUCUUCGUGCUGCUGCUGUCGCUCGCCGAGUCCGCCUCCGGGACGAACCUCACAGCGGAGGCAGCCACGUGAUCUUCCUGCACCCCAUGCUGGCCGCGCGGCCAGAGCGGGCCGCGGCCCAGGAGCUCCAGGCCAUCGGCAGGGCGCGGCGGCACGGCCAGAAGCGCGAGACGCUCCACGUCUGGCGCUUCGUCACCGGGGGCACGCUGGAGGAGGCGUUCACCGCGCGGCACCUCUCGCGGCUGCUGGAGUACGAGGCGGAGAGCCGGGUCCGGGCCGAGACGCUGAAGAAGGACCGAUGCCGCGGAGAGGGCCGAGCGCGAGAAGAAGCCGGCGCCCAAGAAGCAGCGCAGGAGGGGGUACUGAGCGGCCGAGAGCCGGGCGGGCCCUGCAAUCCGCGCGCGGCGUCGACCGCCAGCUUGCCAGUCUCGGCCCCUUGCCGCAGCCCGUCCCCCCCUCCUCUGCCGUCAUCAUCGCCCUCAUCCUCGCCUUUCCGCUCCAAAUAUAA